GUAAUUAAUUCUCUUAGCUUUCUCAGCUUUUUCUAAAGAAUGUCCAAUUUGUAGACACCACGGAUGUUGGCUGAUAUGGCGCCAACAGCCCGUCACCAAUACUAGGCACUUAAUGAUCAGAUGGAGAAUCGAACCGAAUCGUUCGAAUACGGCUAACAAAUAAUUCCAUUAAACCAAAUUUCGAUAUCGAUAUAUCCUCGGUUCCCUUCGAGUUGACUCGAGUUGACAUUCAUUCAACUUUAAUCUCCAAGCUCGAAACUCCAAUCCUUACAAACUAGAAAAGCCUCUCGAAAUAUUAAACUACCCAUACUUUUUUUUUUCGCGACUGGUUCUUAUCCGCAUUGUGUGUCUGCUAUAAUACGUUUGUUCGAGCUCGUUGGACAAAUCGGCGACAACAUAUUUUUCAACUCAGUCACAUUGUUCCUUUUUGAGAUCAAGUACACUAUAGUCACAUAGUAUCAGCCAGUAAUACCAAGGCAGACCUUGCCAUUGGCAAAUCAAUAUCCAUUAAUAUCUUCGAUACAACUCCAUUGAUCGAAUCUUGCCUUGAUCUUCUUGACACGCGCUCCAAACAGCCGCUCUACGAUUCAAUAAAACAGGGCUGUGUUAAGAAACUGGUUUGAUCCAAUACUUCUGAUCACCAUCUUUCGCGACGCUGAAUAAUAGGGGAAAAUCCACGAUGUCAUCAUAUAUCCAGCAAACCCACCGUGCGCCCACAGCUUCCGAAAUCCACCAUGCUCUGUUACGGCCGGCUAUCUUACAAAUCCUACGCGCUCAGGGCUACUACUCCUCGACACCGAGUACUGUCGACGCGCUGACCGAGCUCGCUGCGAACUACCUUACCGCUAUCUCGCGACGCACGGCACAGCACGCGGCGCUCAACAACGAGACAGGUGUACCUGGUCUUCCCGACGUCGUAGAUGUGCGCCUUGCCCUCGAAGACUGCGGGGCCUUGUGGCCGGAACGCGACUUCACGGCCCAGGAAAUAAGCGGGGAGGAAGACACGAGAGGGGUUGACGAAUUCAUACGCUGGGCUAAGGGGAGCAAAAAUCGGAGGAUUCGCAUGGUAGCUGCUCUGGACAAGCCUAUUACCGGCGAAGUCGUAGUGGAAGGAGUAGAGGAGCAGCGCGAGACGGACUACUUGAGUGCGCUUAAGCGGAAGCAUAAUAAGACGGACCAAGAUUCCAAGUAUGCGGGCACGAUAUUAGGCCGCGGCAUCGUCGAAGGCGAAAUCGUCCCCGAGGGCGGGAGCGAAAAUAGCAUACACGCGUGGGCGCGCAAGAUGCACGAGACGUCGCAGCGGCCCCCCGAGCCCGAAACUGUUGACGUCGAGUCUAGACCACCAAGUUCGGGUCUGAGCUCCCUUGCUGACGAGGACGUGGCCAUGAUGGGUAUGGAGUUCUAAGCUUGAGCUUCCUCGUGGGGAAACUAUCCAGUCUAAAAAGAAAAUCGAGAGGGAACCGGGAAUACGGCCCUCAUCUUCUUGUUUCCAAUCACACAACGGGGCUGUAUGUAUUUGAGCCCCUAAAAAGCGAUGCGAUGCAAUGUGUUCUGCAUGGCCUAUGGCGUUAGCAUAGACGGUUGUUGCGAGGGAGUACGGUUCGGCGUUGGCAAAAAAACUGCUGGUUAUAUUAAGGAUAACAGGUACAUACUACCUCUGUGCUCGAUGUGUGCGUUUUGCGCAAUAGAAUACCCCCUUAAUCCAAUUUUAUUUUUCAACUCUCGCACUAUUAACGUGCCUAGGUACCUAACUUAAAUUACCCCUAAUUCCCGGCUUAUUCAACAACACAGUUAAGAGAUUGGGAGUGAGAGCGAGGCAGCCAAGCACGGAGAUCCCGUCAAGCUCUACAUACCUCAUAUCCCAUUCCCCAUUCCCCAUUCUAUAUACCUACCUACGUUAGGUAUACUAUUGGAAAUACAUACCUUCCUAAUAUAUGCCGCGUUAGAAAUACGCGUCCUGCCCUCGUAUAC